AUGCCGCAGGGCGAGACUUUUCAUCGGGCUGUCUCGAAAGUUCUUUUUAUUUCGCAAAUCUAUGGCCUACUUCCGGUAAGCAAUGUACUUGCCUUGGAUGUUAGGGACAUCCGUUUCCGUUGGCUCUCGCCUCGAAUCUUCUACUCCGGUCUCAUUUUCAUCCUAAACUGUUGCGAGUUUGGCGCCGUGAUCAACUAUGUCAUCAAGGUGGCCAUCACCUUCCACAACUCCAGUACUCUGUCGCUGUACAUUGUCUGCCUGCUGGAGCACCUGUUCUUCUGGAGAUUGGCCAUCCACUGGCCGAGUAUUAUGCGUGCUUGGGAUGGAGUGGAACAGCUUUUUCUCAAAAUUCCCUAUCGUUUUUAUGACGAAUACAAGAUGAAGAAACGAAUCUAUGUGGUAUUCGGAGUGGUCAUGUCCUCGGCUUUAGUGGAGCACUUUCUGUUGCUGUUGAACUCCUUUCAUCUUAGCAAUAUGGAACGAACUCAGUGCAAGAUCAAUGUCACCUAUCUAGAGAGCGUCUACAAAUGGGAACGUCCACAUUUUUAUAUGAUUCUACCAUAUCACAUCUGGCUACUGCCACUUUUUGAAUGGAUAAACGAAACUAUUGCCUAUCCCCGAUCCUUUACCGACUGCUUUAUAAUGUGCAUUGGAAUUGGUCUUGCUGCCAGAUUCCAUCAGCUUUAUAGACGAAUUGCUGCUGUUCAUAGGAAAGUAAUGCCAGCGGUGUUUUGGACAGAGGUUCGAGAGCAUUACCUGGCCCUGAAGCGCCUGGUGCGUCUCCUGGAUGCUGCCAUAGCUCCUCUAGUUCUGCUGGCCUUUGGCAACAAUAUGUCUUUUAUUUGCUUCCAGUUAUUCAACAGCUUUAAAAACAUUGGCGUUGACUUUAUUGUAAUGGUGGCCUUCUGGUACUCCCUGGUUUUUGCCAUUGUUCGCACCUCUUUGACCAUUUUUGUGGCCUCCUCUAUUAACGAUUUCGAGCGUAAAAUAGUGACAGCUCUAAGGGAUGUGCCCACCAAAGCCUGGUCCAUAGAGGUUCAGCGCUUCAGUGAGCAGUUGGGCAAUGACAUGACGGCUCUUUCCGGUAGUGGUUUCUUCUAUCUCACCCGCUCACUUGUCCUGGCUAUGGGCACCACAAUCAUCACCUACGAGCUCAUGAUAUCGGAUGUCAUCAACCAAGGCUCCAUAAGGCAAAAGACUCAAUACUGCAGGGAAUUUUAG